AUGGAUUACCCUAUUUCCAUAAGCGGUGGUUCCGUUACCAAAUUUUGCUAUGAUUAUAUGAUUCCCACAGCUCUAUCAACAUUUUGUCACCCAUUUGUGACAGCUCGAACACUUAUGAUGCUUGGUCAUGAAUUCGAGCAACCUAGACUUGGAAGAAAUAUAUUCGGAGUUCAAAGAUAUAUGUAUCCCAAUGUGUUCAACUAUCUUGGACAUCUAAGGGAAGAAGUUGGUCCCUACAGAUUGUUUACCGUCGGCCUUCCCGCGUCUGUUAUCGGUGCAGCUUUAAAAUCAAUGAUGACUGAGUACUACCUAAAGCAACAUGUCACGGGUUACAUAUAUAAGAAAAGUGUAAUUGAAACAGAGCUUGGAGUGGAUGUCUUCCUCAAGGAGACCGCCAAAUUGACCGCUGCUCGAUGCUUAGGCCUCUUCGUUAGCUAUCCUUUCCAAGUCAUUAUGAUUAGGCAAAUAGCUCAGUUGGUCGGAAACGAGACUACAUACAGCAGCAUUCUUCAAUCCCUUGUUGAAAUUAAUGUCAAUGAAGGACUUCCUGGUUUGUUUUCGUAA